CGGUGAUAUAGAAAUGACCUCGGAAAACAAACCUGACUGAAGGGAACAUAUUGAAGUCUCUUCCCUCACUGACAGAGAUACCCAAGCGGGAUCCAAAGGCACACUCGACAGCCGACGUCCCCUUCUUCAGCCAGACACUCCAAUCGUCCAGAGCGUGCUGGGUACUCGUGCCAAGUCCCCGUGAUAGAUAUCAAACAGACACGUGGGCGUCCGCCGCCACCAUAAACCCACCCUCAUAACCCUUUCUAAAAAUGGCCCCUCCAGCCCUGGGCAUCAAGGUCAACGAGCACGGCAUCCCGAGCUUCGACGACCUCCCACUCCGGGCCGGCGACCCGCCCUCGUCGGCCUGGGGCCUGUACGGCGACUCGGACGAGCUCGGCACCCUCAACCGCCUGACCGACGAGCGCGUGGCGGCGGCGGCCAGGGACGAGAUCAAGACGGGAGUGCGGUAGGCUGAGGGGUUCAACUUUUGAUAUUCCCAGAGAUGGGGGAGGCUCAAAUCAUACACAUCUAACGUGAGAACGUACACACACAAAAAAAAAGAAUCUCCCUAAACUGGCCCCUCGGCGCCCAGAAAGCCACCCCCUUCUUCGACCGCCAGCCCUUCCGCCACCACAUGUACGCAAAGGCGCCCCACACCGUCAAUGACGACGUCUGGACGUUCAACUCGCAGGUGUCAAGCCAGUGGGACGGCCUGCGCCACUUUGGCUACCAGGCCGAGCGCCUCUUUUACAACGGCGUGACCAUGGACCAGCUGCACUCCUCCGCCUCCUCCUCCUGCUCGCCCUCCACCGUCAACGGCAUCCACGCCUGGGCCGAGCGCGGCAUCGUCGGCCGCGGCAUCCUCGUCGACUGGGAGGCCUGGCGCACCUCCCAGAACCUCCCCUUUGACCACUUUUCCGCCUCGGCCAUCCCCCUGUCCGACCUGCUCGCCUGCCUCCGUUCCCAAGACAACACCGUCCCGAGAUUCGGCGACAUACUCAUCGUGCGCUCGGGGUGGAUGGCCGCGCUGGCCGCCAAGCCGGCAGACGAAAUCGAGUCGCUGACGAGGCAGCACCCGCACACCUUUGGCGGCGUCGAGCAGUCCGAGGACGUGCUGCGCUGGGUCUGGGACAACUUCGCGGCCGUGGCGGGCGACCAGCCGUCGUUUGAGCGCUGGCCCAGCCCCGAGGGGUGGCUGCUGCACGAGCGCCUGCUCGCCGGCUUCGGCUGCCCCAUCGGCGAGCUGUUCCACCUCGAGCGCCUGGCGGCCCACUGCAGGGAGGUGGGGAGGUGGUCCUUCUUCGUCGCGAGCGAGCCGUGCAACGUGGUCGGCGGCGUGGCCAGUCCUCCAAACAUCCUGGCCAUCUUCUGAGCACGCCUGCGCGGUUUUUACCCGUAUAUGCUGCAUUUGUUGGGAGUCAUAGGGAAGGACAGGCUGCCAGUCGGCGCCACGGGACCCCUCAGGCGAAAGAGAUGUAUAACAUGUGGUACCACCGCCUAUCCCAAGAGCCUAGGUAGGUACAUCUAGCAAAAUAUCUUGCUCACUGUCCUCGUUCUUUUUUGCAUCAUCGGAAGCCGACCCAUCAUUCACAAACCAAGGUGAAGGACAAAGGAAAGAAAGACGUAUCUUGCAGCUUCAUAUCCAUCAACCACAUCCCGCCGCCCAUGCCACACGGACAGAUUAUCAAUGAGCCAGGACAUCAGCCUCAGGACUCACCAUCCACCCAACUUUUCAAAAGCGUCACAUUGCUCUGCCUGCCAUACUUCAUCUUCAUCUCGCAUCCUUUCCUAUCAAGUGAUCGUUGAAGUAGUGGUAGUAGCGUAUGUAGAAAGUCAUAAACAUAUAAAAAAAGCACGUCGCCCCGGGUCGUGGCCGCCACCCACACCCGGGCCCGUUUAGGUCGUUGUCGUUUCCGU